GCAAAAUUUCAACAGGAACCAAACAAUUUUCGGGUACAAUUGGUCUGGACAGUCUCUUUGACUUGUUGAUAAAAUACUCCUAGGUAAUUUUAAAGAAAUAGAAAUGCCUAUUAAAUAUAUAGGAAAGAAAUACGAUUUUCGAGGUAAAACGAUAUGGGAGAUCGUAGGAAAUCUGAAAAAUUUCGGAGUAGGACGUAUAAUUACUCGAGGUAGAUUUGAACGAUAUCCAGAACCAUCGUUUAUCAAAAUUCUGAAGGUGGAGACAUUGCCAAAGCCUGAAAAUGAAUCCCUAGACAACUUCAGAAAAGUAAGGGUGCUUGUUGAAAAGACGUUUCGAGGUAAAAAACAUCCAAAACCGAUUCUAAUGGAAUCAACAACUUACAAACCUGAUUACAAACUGAUUCCAAAAGAUGAAGAAGAGAAUUUUUGCAAAAAUAUCGAGAAAACAGAGACUGCUACACGAAUAUUGCCCAGAACCAUGGAAUUCCCUCCACUAAUAAAAAAACUCAUUAUUAAGGAACACUCAGCACUGGGUACGACUCCCAAAAAAGAAGACUUGGAACUACCUAUUGCCUACAACAAAAUCAGUAAAAAUUUGAAAUACAAGAUUGCUAAAGAAGGUGAAGAACCUACUGAAAAAAUCAGUCUAGGCCUUGGGAAACCUUACGCUGACAGAUUAUAUAAAGGAAUAGACUUAUAAUUCUAUUGUAUAUUUGAUAAUUUUAUUAUAAACAAUAAAUAAUAAUUAUUUAGGUUUAAAAAAGUUCAUCAGAGAUGUCUGAUUGCCUGAAGGAGUCUUCUUUAAA